GGAGUUGCUAACCGCUCAGCUCACUCACCACAGGUGCUUGAGGUCUGCAAGCGACGGGCACAUCAAAGUUCCAACAUGCUUGUGCAACGGGGAGUCACUUUUGCCGCCGGACGGACGGCUGGAUUCGGCGCCACUCGGGAACUGAGGAAGGAAAUGGAGAAGCUAAAAGUCAAGCUGACGCUCCUAUGGCUGCGUGCCAAGGCCGGACUUCUGCGCCGCCUCUUCCGCUCGGAAAUGUUGGCAGCGGAUAAAGAAUACACGCCCAGUGAAGCGUGACUGGAGCGUCAAAAGAAGGCACGCGCGCCGGAAACGGCGCUCGCCCGCUGCGACGGGAUGCCGCAAAGGUAAGCACAGCCCAGGUGGCCCACAUUUGGGAGCCAGCGUGCGCUAAAAAUAGCCAGGAGAAGGAGAAAAUAGAUGCUUCCCGGAUCGGUGGAAUUCCCGCCCUGGCGGUGUCCUCGAAUGCUCCCCCCAAAAAAUGCCGUCUGGAAGCGCACCCCAUCUCCUACCGUGCGUUGCACCCAGACAGCAAAUUCUUAACUGAACUCCGGCGGAUGCCUGAUGCUUCCUCUUUGCUAAUUGGACAGGCAGGAAGCGACAAGCUACGUCUUAGCUGCCGGCUAGCUGCUUAGCAUGUUAUUGGAAUGAGUCCCCCCCCGGCCUGGGUGGCGUUACAGCCGCUGAGGCGUGUGUUGUGGUUUCCUGUCAAGCUGUGAACAAGAAACUCACUUGAACACGCUGACAUUAAAAGCCACAUGCUUGAAAAAGAAAGACACUUUUAUUUUUAGCGCGCAGAGCGUCACUCUGUAUGUGCACGUCUGGCCGGGGGAGGGAAAUUCAUUGUGUGUGGUUGUGUGUGAUGUUUGUAAUUGUGCCUUGUAUGUGAGAACAGGCACCCCCCAACGGGUCUAGCCAGCGUUGUCGAGACGUCUUGAUCAGGAGCGACGGCGUGCGGACGGCCUUUUUGGCUUCUCCGCACCCGCGUGACGUCGCGCGCGUGCACGCUUUGCUAUCGGAGUCGUGAAAGAUUGUUACUUUGCGCCACGCAAGCAACCGAUAGCUUGCAAAUGAGCGCUCCUUCAAGCCGUAUAAUACGAAGGCUAAGCGCGGGCAGGCGAGCCGAGGCGCGAAGCUGAGCGAGCCGCCGAAUGGCACGCCGCCGGUCGACGUCUCGUCUUUGGUUUGCUCCGUGGGGAGCCGUGCCGCUUCCCGGGUGACGGGAAGGUGAGGCGAUAAGUCACCAUGUCAAUGUUGAUCCCAGGCCUCGACGGCGGGGCGGCGCUUUGCAAGCUGAGGAAUUCCCCCAAACGCACGGCCGCUUUGUUUGACUCGGUGGCGUCGCGGGAAGUCCGACACGUCGCCGCUCACGUCACGCGCCCGCGAGAAACGUGACACGCGGCCGCCGCUAGACUCAUUGGCAGCCGUGUGUGUGACUUGCAUGUGCAGGGUAAGCGCGCACAUUCACUGACUCACGCUUGAACACUAUCGCUCGUACUAUUAUGCACACACGCAAUCUUACACACAACCGCAGACGCACAAAGUCUGUCUGUCUCUCACGCUCGCACACUCUCAAAAGCAAUCGCACACACACACACACACACACACACACACACACCAUCACAGCCAAAGUCAUUAGCUUGCGCGCGCACGCACGCACGCACGCACGCACGCACACUGUUGCUGUGAGCGCCAAGGCGCUCUUCAGCCUUGAGAAGUUUCCACAGUUCUGGAAGCCGUUAGCGAGGCGGCGGGGGCGCGGCGCGAAUCCUUUGAGCGUCGGCUUGGCUAGCCGCAACACUUAACUUGUUAGCUUGUUAGCGCACCACAAAUGUUAGCAAAUUAGCCGGCGACACGUCUGUCUCGUGUGUCGCUCGUUGGCCCGUCGUCUGUCAGACUCUUGUCACUCGAGGCAUUUGCGCGUCGGAACUAUAGGGCGUCUUGCGAUGUCACGCCGCCACGGGUGACUUUCUCCGCUCGAUUCGUAGAAGUUGGCGUCGUCUCGUGUGGGGGUCCAAAGCAAACCUGGACCACUGGCUUUCUCGUAGCGAGCCCGCUUCCGUGUGUUUGCGCAAAGGUGUCGCGUUCCUCUACCACAGUGGCGCUGACUCAGCGGGAGGACGCCAUCUCUCUCGGUGGCGGCGCGUGCGUUCGCGCUGAUGAAGCAGUCCAAAGUGUUCUUUUUCCACGCUGCUAAAAAAAGAUCCUUCAAAGAGCAGACGAGAUGGAUUAAGUGUCUGCAAUGGUUUCCACGACGACGCAAACAGGAAGUCGAAGACUGGAUAAUUGUCAAAUGGCGGUAAAAAAGAGCGAGGCCCUUGCGAGGAGCGCCGUCACGUUAGCUUUCUUUCAAAUCAUCUUGAUGUCCACCAGAGGAAAAUGAAGGAAGGACUCCUUCCUGUUGAAGGCGUGCGAGCGUAAAUGGGAUGAUGAUGAAUUAAUGAUGAAUGCCAAAUUAAGUAACACGUACUGAUGAUCGCGAGCGCGCCGGGUGAGUCACUUGGUCGUUAUCGAACAUUAUCAUCAGCUGGCCAUAGCGACGUCGUCAUCAGCGUCAAUUAGCGUCAUUAGCAACAUUAGCAUCAAAGCCGCGCCUGUCAGCCCUGCGCCACACGCCUCUUUUUCUUCUUGCCCUCCUUGUUCUUGCGGUGGCGGCCAUGGCGGCCAUGGCGGUCAUGGUGGCGGCGGCGGCCGCGACCUUCCUCCUUCCGUCCUGACAAAGCAGCCAGCACCACCGCCAAGGUGAUGUCAUGCAAGCACGCAGAUUAGCCGUGUGUGUGCGUGCGCGCGUGCGUGGUCUCCUGCUGCGUUUUGGCUGGCUGGGGCUGGGGGGGGAAGGGUCACAGAAGGGCUUGACUUUUGGAAGUCAAGCAGAUGAUAAUUUGGAAGCACCUGGAAUGCGGACGGACGAGGCUGAGGACGCAUCAAGCAAGCAGGCCCUCAUCCGGCCCCUCCCUCCUCCCCACCCCCCAGCGGCGAGGCUCCGCCCAACGCCCGGCCGCCCUCCCGCUGGUCCCGGAGCCGCUCGCGGCAUUCCCGCAUCGGCGCAACAUCUGGAAGCAAGCGCACGCACGCAUGCAGUCCACUCGAGUCGACACGCAACAAGAAAACGAAGAAGACCUUCUUCUGGGAUUCUGCUCCGUGACCUUUUUCCUUGGAACUUUUCCUUGCCUUUGUUUUGUUUUGAGAUUGUGACUCCGUCCGUCCACCGAGGGAAUGUAAGUUUCCUGCCGAGCGGCUGGCUCGGCUCGGCUCGGCGCUCUCUGCGCUGGCUCGCUCAAGCUCCUCAUCUCUCGUUGGCAGAAACGCGCGGUCAACAUGUCCGGCGUGGGCGCUCUCCUCCUGGCCGCCUUCCUGCUCUGCUCGCCCGUUGCCGGCCGAGCCCGACCCGCCGACGCCAGAACGCGGCGCUCGGUGACGCAUGCGCAGCUGAUGCACGACAAGGGCCGCACGCUGCAGGAUUUCAAGCGGCGCCUGUGGCUGCAGGAGCUCCUGGACGAGGUCCACACGGCCGAGAUCCGUCAGCUCCCGCUCUCCAAAGCCCCGCCGGCGCCGAGCAAGGGCCUGGCGGCCGACUGGUCGCCGGAGGAGCGGGAGGCCACCAACCUGCCGCAGGAAACCCACAAGAGCUUCCGGGACGCUAAGCGCCGCAAGAAAGGACGCCCCGGCAGGCGGAAGGACGCCGACAAGCGCAAGAGGAGGGCCCAGGCCAAGCCGCUCUGAACGCAGGUGCCUGCAGCCAGCGCAGCGCAGCGGACCCCUAAACAGUCGUCUUGCUGUUUGGAAAGACAACCUGGAUAUUUAUUGUGUAAAUACAAAUCAGUAGAGUAGAAAGUGACGUGGAAAUGAAAGAUUUUCUUUUGAUUCCAACACGCGUGUUGUAAUUUAUUUGGUUUGAAUGUUGUAUUUAUUGGAUUGGUUUUUCCACCAUCAUGCACUUUACACCGACCAGCAAGUCUUUGGUCUUUGCUUGACUUGGAGUUGAUCUUGUGUCAAUGACGCCCCCUGGCGGCGCUUGCUUUUGCCACUUGCACUGAGAUUAAACGUUUGACACAAGCUCUGCA